CUCCUAUUCGCUGUGACGCAGCCCAGAGUCCUGGCUGCAGCGCUGCUUCACGCUUCCCACUGGCAUUCAGGCUUUUGCGCUUCAUGCUGCCACUGCACCCUCCCCCGUGACUGUUGUCCCGUUACUUGGGGUCCAUCAGGGCUCCCCAGGUGAACACAAGGAUCACAGCCAUCCAGUCGGAGCAAGGGGGAUGACUGAAAGAAGUUGUGUGAUCCAGAAAAUCAGGCGGUACUGACGGUGCUGUUCCAAGAGGCGCAGUCCUUCAAAACAAUAUGAUGUCUGCAAUAGAAACUGGUGCCCCUGUGUACCAACCUGCACAGCUGCUCAACUGGGUCUAUAUGUCCUUGCAAGACACUCAGAGCAGCACUUUUGAUGCGUUCAAAGCCGACUCGGAAAGUUCUCCUCAGGACAUCAAUAUCUCCAAGCGAAGCGCAGCUGAUCUGAGCGCCAACUAUCUCAACAACUUCUUCCAUCUGAGGAGUGAGGCCUUGAACAACAAUUUCUACAAGAGCUUCUCACCCUACGGGUCCCUCAACAAUAUCGUGGACGGCCUGAGCUCUCUGGCGGACCAUUUCUCUGACCUCUCCCUGUCCCCUGAGACACGCAAGCCCAGCAAAAGGCCACCGCCCAACUACCUGUGCCACCUUUGCUUCAACAAAGGCCACUACAUCAAAGAUUGCCCUCAGGCUCGACCCAAAGGUGAAGGCCUGACCCCAUAUCAGGGAAAGAAGAGGUGUUUCGGGGAAUAUAAAUGCCCUAAAUGCAAGAGGAAGUGGAUGAGCGGGAACUCAUGGGCCAACAUGGGACAAGAAUGUAUCAAGUGCCACAUCAACGUUUACCCUCAUAAGCAGAGACCUCUGGAGAAACCGGACGGGUUAGAUGUAUCAGACCAGAGCAAAGAGCAUCCACAACACCUGUGUGAAAAAUGCAAAGUCCUCGGCUACUACUGCCGCCGCGUGCAAUAACACACUCUACUCGCCUUACGUACUCCUCCAAGGUUUUAUC